CCCAAGUAUCCAACCGCGUCCUUUCACCGUCAUACACAUGCCUCGAAUCUUCCUUUUCUUUCAAUUUCAAUCCGCGUUCACACUUCCUUUCCAUCAAUUUUGGUUCUAUAUUCUUUAAUUCCUCUUGUUAAUUGUUAUCGUCAUCAGAUGGGUUUUUGUUUCUUUUUUCCUUUCACACGUACUCGUAUAUAAAUCUAUCCCUCAAUCAACUCAAUCUUUCAUCUCUUUCUCUUUCUUGUGUUCACAUCUCUUUUACGCAUUUUGUCAAACACUUGAACUCCAUUCAAACUUUCUCCAUUUUAUGUCAUUUCUUUUCCUUGACUUCUAUAUAUGAAAUCAGACGUAUCUACGCCGGAAGGAGAUUUCCCAGGUGAGUAUUCUUAUUACUUUGGUUUGCUUCAAGAGACACUUGGUCAGAUGAAUGAUUUACCAUUACCAACCCAACAAGUACUUGAUCAUGAAGAAGAAGAGAAACAUGAAGUCAAGACGAAAGGGUUGAAGGAGAUUCUCACGUCUUUGCUUUUGAUUGAAGAGCAAGAGAAAUCGGAAAAAUUCGAGUGGGAUAAAGCUCAAGAAGAAGAUAAGAUGAUGUUAGAAGCUAACCAUAAGAAGAAAACCAAAGCCAUGUUGGAUUACCGGAGCGAAUGUCAGGAAUAUUCCGAUGUUAUCGAUGAAUCCACCCGCGUUCGAAAACGAAAGUCUAGAGCUGCUACAAAUGCAGCGGUUGCUUCUGCUGUAGUCGUAGCUGAUCUACAAAAUAAUACAAAUCAGAAAACUAAUCCUACCGCCGGCGCCGCCGUCGCCCCCGCCGGACCACAAAGAAGGUUAUGGGUGAAGAACAGAUCGAAAGAUUGGUGGGAUAAAUGCAACAGUCCGGAAUUCCCAGAAGAAGAAUUCCGAAAAGCUUUUCGUAUGGGGAAAGAUACAUUCGAGCUGAUAUGCAAUGAGCUUACAUCAGUAGUCGCAAAAGAAAACACCAUGUUACGCGACGCAGUCCCCGUCCGGCAAAGAGUCGCCGUCUGUAUAUGGAGGCUAGCCACCGGGGAGCCUUUACGUCUUGUUUCCCGGCGAUUCGGAUUAGGCAUCUCCACCUGUCACAAACUCGUUCUCGAGGUAUGUUCCGCCAUUAAAACCGUCUUAAUGCCUAAAUACCUUCAAUGGCCGGACGACGAGUCCAUACGAACAAUCAAAAACGAAUUCUCCUCCAUCUCCGGCAUCCCAAACGUCGUCGGAUCAAUGUACACCACCCACAUCCCGAUCAUCGCUCCCAAAAUCAGCGUCGCCGCCUACUUCAACAAACGACACACAGAACGAAACCAAAAAACUUCUUAUUCAAUCACUGUUCAAGGAGUUGUCGACCCACGAGGGAUCUUCACCGACGUCUGCAUCGGGUGGCCGGGUUCCAUGCCGGACGACCAAGUGCUCGAGAAAUCCGCCCUCCACCAAAGAGCAAACGGCGGACUUCUGAAAGACGUAUGGAUAGUCGGAAGCUGUGGGUAUCCAUUAAUGGACUGGGUACUCGUACCCUACACGCAACCUCAUCUGACAUGGACACAACAUGCUUUCAACGAAAAGAUCGGGGAGAUUCAAAGGGUGGCGAAGGAUGCAUUUGGGAGGUUGAAAGGGCGGUGGUCCUGUUUGCAGAAACGAACGGAGGUGAAGCUUCAGGAUUUGCCGGUGGUGUUGGGGGCAUGUUGCGUGUUGCAUAAUAUAUGUGAAAUGAGGAAUGAAGAAGUGGAUCCUGAGUUGAUGCUUGAGCUUCAUGAUGAUGAAAUGGUGCCUGAAAUUGGGUUGAGAUCUUCGAUUGCAAUGAAAGCUCGUGAUUCGAUUGCUCAUAAUCUUUUGCAUCAUAAUCAUGCUGGUACUUCUUUUUUGUCUUGAUUGAUAAAGAGGUGGGAAAUGGGGAAUGGGAAAUGGGAAAUGGGAAUCUUGGGUUUAAUUGUUAUUUGUUGCAAUUUUGUUAUGGGGGUUUUGUUAGAUGUAUAUUACCCUUGUGCAAAUACUUGGAAAUUUGGGUUUUUUAGGAUGAGUUUUAUACACAAAUCUUUGAAUUGAAUCGAUUAUUAGUAGUUGAUAUUCGUUCUUGUUUUUUGGUUCUUUAUUUUGAUUUAAUCUAUGGAAGAUAAAAAUGUAUUGAUAAGAGCUUCCUAUUAUAUACUAAUGCAAAGGUAAAAAUGCCGAUUUGAAGUUUA